GGAACGGCCUAGCCUAUAUUAACCGCGCCAAAACAUAUAUCUAUCAUUUGACGGUUGUAUCGAUCCAAUAAACAGUGAGUAUACUGAAGGUUGCUUGUUAAAUUUUUAAAAUGACUGUUGAAGAUGUAGCUGCUUUGGUCGUGGAUAAUGGCUCCGGUUUGUGUAAGGCCGGUUUUGCAGGGAACGAUGCUCCACGGGCAGUGUUUCCUACCAUCGUCGGUCGCCCAAGACAUCAGGGUGUGAUGGUUGGUUUGGGUCAGAAAGACUCGUAUGUCGGCGAUGAGGCUCUGAAAACGCGAGGUAUUCUGACUCUGAAAUAUCCUAUCGAACACGGCAUCGUAACCAAUUGGGAUGACAUGGAAAAGGUAAGCUAAAUUUAAUCUGGUUUCUAUUCCAACUUCUAGCUCUAGUUCGUACCAAUCGCUGAACAACAUUUCCUUACAAUUUCAGAUCUGGCAUCACACCUUUUACAACGAGCUUCGUGUAGCGCCCGAGGAACACCCAGUUCUGUUGACAGAAGCUCCUCUUAACCCAAAAGCCAACAGAGAAAAGAUGACACAGGUAACAUUUACGAGAUGAUGAAUUUUAAAUGCGUUUUCUGAACCUUAAGUUUGCGUUAGAAUCAGUUUAAUUAUAUUGUUUACGGAUGGUUGCAACCGUAUCCGCCUCGACAGAGAUAUUCUCAUAAUACACAGCAAUAUUGUAAAGUAAAUUUUUUAACGUUUGUUUGAUUCGUUCAGCAGUAUGAUAAAUCCUACUCUCUCGCAACUGACAUGGACCUGAUAAAACUUGUGCUUCGGUUACUUUACGGAAAAUUUGCAUAUGAAUCAAAAAGUACUUUAUGAUAUGCGAUAGAGACAUCAAGUUGAGGGCACGCAAUAUUUCUAUCGUAUUUUUUUUCACAAAAUAUCCCUACAUUUGGGUAAGAAAAAACUAAAUCUUUUUGAGGUAGGUUUUAAUUUUUUCUCACCGAAGAAAAAUUGUUCGCGGUAUUAGCUGAUCAUCUGGUUAGUGUUGUGGCCAUAUAUGGUAAAAAAAAAAGGCCAAUCGGUCAGAAUUUGUUAUACAAGCUGUAAUAAGGGUGACUCCUACGUGUAACACCUGCCGGAGCAACUCAUUUACAUGUCAUUGAAUAAGAAUAGCGUCUAUUGUGUUAUGCCUCGCCGCAACUCGCAACUCAACUGUGCAAUACCCCGCAACUCAUUUACAUGUCAUUGAAUAAAAAUAGCGUCUAUUGUGUUAUGCCUCGAUCUUCAAAGGCUCUCGACACAUGUAAGUGAGGCGGGAAUGAGUUGUGGGGUAUUCUGGCGUUUUUCUUUACCAUAUAUGGCCACAAAACUAACCAGAUGAUAAAAUUCACAAAAUAUCCCUACAUUUGGGUAAGAAAAAACUAAAUCUUUUUGAGGUAGGUUUUAAUUUUUUCUCACCGAAGAAAAAUUUUUCGCGGUAUUACCUGAUCAUCUGGUUAGUGUUGUGGCCAUAUAUGGUAAAGAAAAACGCCAAUUGGUCAGAAUUUGUUAUACAAGCUGUAAUAAGGGUGACUGAUUUUUCUGGUAAAGAAAAACGCCAGAAUACCCCACAACUCAUUCCCGCCUCACUUACAUGUCUGGCGUUUUUCUUUACCAUAUAUGGCCACAAAACUAACCAGAUGAUAAAAUUCCCAAAAUAUCCCUACAUUUGGGUAAGAAAAAACUAAAUCUUUUUGAGGUAGGUUUUAAUUUUUUCUCACCGAAGAAAAAUUGUUCGCGGUAUUACCUGAUCAUCUGGUUAGUUUUGUUGUAUUUUUUCUGAAAUGUUUUACUCCUCGCCAUCAGAUCAUAUUCGAGAGUUUCAACUCCCCCGCCAUGUAUGUAGCUAUCCAGGCCGUGUUGUCUCUCUACGCCUCUGGUCGAGAGACAACCGGUAUCGUCUUUGACAGCGGAGAUGGCGUCAGUCACACAGUUCCCAUCUACGAAGGCUACGCUCUUCCCCAUGCCAUCCUUCGUCUUGAUUUGGCCGGCAGGGACUUGACCGAUUACCUGAUGAAGAUUCUGACUGGGCGUGGUUAUUCAUUCACCACCACAGCCGAGCGCGAGAUCGUGCGUGACAUCAAAGAGAAGCUCUGUUAUUUUGCUCUGGAUUUCGAACAAGAAAUGCAGACUGCUGCCUCCAGCUCCAGCUUGGAGAAGAGCUAUGAGCUUCCUGAUGGCCAGGUUAUCACCAUUGGAAACGAGCGAUUCCGUGCACCAGAGGCCAUGUUCCAACCCUCUUUCCUUGGAAUGGAAUCCGCUGGAAUUCACGAAACCACUUACAAUUCCAUCAUGAAGUGUGGUAUCGAUAUCCGAAAAGACUUGUACGCCAACACAGUCUUGUCUGGUGGCUCCACCAUGUUCCCAGGAAUCGCUGACAGAAUGCAGAGGGAAAUCACUGCUCUGGCUCCACCCACAAUGAAGAUCAAGAUUAUUGCUCCUCCUGAGCGUAAAUACUCUGUGUGGAUUGGAGGGUCGAUCUUGGCGUCACUGUCCACCUUCCAACAGAUGUGGAUUUCCAAGCAAGAAUAUGAUGAAUCUGGUCCUUCAAUUGUUCAUCGCAAGUGCUUCUAA